ACAAAAGUACCUUAAAAGCAAAAGCUAAGGUAAACAAAUGAUUUCUAUUUAUGGAGAAUCAUUUUUAACAGGUACUAACACAGCAGAAUCUACAAAUGUUAAUUGAAGAGGGAAAGCAAAUUUCUUGAAGAUUUACAGUAAAAUACCUGCAGUUUUAAAUCACACCUGUAAAUGUGUGAGCAGAGGAUCAGUGAAAAGGUCAGUUGAUCAGCAAGGUAAGGAGUUGCCGCAGAAUCAGAAGGCAAACAAUGGCUCUGCUAUGCACUGGCCAUGCCCAACAGGACGCUCUGCGAAAAGCAUUUUUUUUCUGUUGAUGAAAAGGACGGCUAAUGCAGCUCUGCCUGCCGAGCAGAGAAAAAACGAACAAAGCACUAGAGGAAAAUAGGGAUAAUUCAGUGAUUCCAAAACCAGCCGCCCAGGCUUCUGCAUUUAAUGUUAGUUCACAACAUGCGACGGAUUUGGUUUUAGCUCCGAAUAUGUCCAAAGAUUUAUUUUGAUGGAACAAAUGCCUGCGAGUGUUGGACAUGUACCCAUGAAAGUUAUUGAACUCAGUGACGAUGAAGAUACAGUUGAAGACAAAAAUUCCAGCAAGAAAUUUCAGCAAAUUCAGAAUAGGAUGGAAUUGGUUGGUCUGUAUAAAGAGUCGCAAAUAGUUUCUCAAAAGCCACCUGAGACAGAAGAAAUUUUAUCCCCUACUUCACCUUUGACGCAGAACUGCUCAAGUCCAAACACCAAAACAGCCAUAUUUCAACAGUUCUGGAAAGCUGGGGAUUACGAUGUCCAGGUUACAAAUAGGAAAUCCUUGCCAGGUUCUAUGCACCAUGUACGAGUCCAUCCAAAAUUCCUCCAUUCUAAUGCGACUUCUCACAAGUGGGCUUUUGGAGCAAUUGCAGAGCUGCUUGAUAAUGCAGUUGAUGAGAUUCAAAAUGGUGCAAGCUUUGUCCUUGUGGACAAAAUUCAGAAUGCAAAUAAUAGCAGUCCAGCUCUUCUUUUCCAAGAUGAUGGUGGUGGAAUGGAUCCUGAUUGCAUGCGUCAAUGCAUGAGCUUGGGAUACUCGGCAAAAAACAAAAACUCAACUAUAGGACAAUAUGGGAAUGGUUUUAAAACAAGUACCAUGAGACUAGGGGCAGAUGUGAUUGUUUUCAGUCGUUCUGUUCAUCACAGCUCUGCUACUCAAAGUAUUGGUCUACUUUCAUACACAUUUUUGAGGUUAACAGGGAAAGAUGACACUAUUGUGCCAAUGGUUGACUUUGAACUUCAUCCAGAUUUGGGAAAGCCAACAAUGUUGAUUCGCAGCACCAAGGAUGAUUGGUUGAGAAACUUGAACACGAUCAUGCAGUGGUCUCCUUACAAAACAGAAAAUGAACUUAUGAAUCAGUUUGAGGACAUUGGGCCUCAUGGAACUAAGAUUAUAAUUUUUAACCUGUGGCUUAAUGAUGACGGCAUCUUGGAGCUUGAUUUUGACACAGACAAGGAGGAUAUACGGUUGCGAGAUGGAGGCAAGCCAGAAAAGUCCCUACCCUCUCAAAAACUAAAAUUGCUUCGAUCCAGUAUUUCAUAUCGCCUACGCUAUUCAUUACGUGUGUAUGUUUCUAUUCUUUAUCUAAGGAAACAACCAAAAUUUGAAAUUAUUUUAAGGGGAAAGCCUGUAGAGCACCACAGUAUUGCUGAUGAUCUGAAAUUGCCCAAAGUUAUAACUUACAAACCACAAGUUGGAAAUGUUUCUAAGGACACAACUAUGGAGGCAUUUGUGGCAAUUAGCAUAGGGUUUGCACCAGAAGCACCUGCAAUUAAUGUUCAUGGAUUCAAUGUAUAUCACAGGAAUCGUCUUAUUACACCCUUUUGGACAAUCUGGCCAAGUAAUACAGAUAGUAGAGGACGAGGUGUUGUAGGUGUUCUUGAAGCAAAUUUCAUAGAGCCUGCACACGAUAAGCAGGAUUUUGAAAGAACAGCAUUAUUGCUACGACUGGAGGCAAGACUGAGGCAAAUGACUGCUGAUUACUGGAGAGGCCAUUGUGAAUUUAUAGGUUAUCAACCAAAAAACAAAUCUUCCACUGAACGUCAACAAAAUUCUUUGCAUUCUCCCCAAGUUGAGAAUCAGCGUUCAGCAAAUAUUGUUCCAAGAGGGUCAAUUUCGCGGAAUUUUGUUUCGCAUGUUCAGCACGUUUCCAACCAACCCACCAAUCAUAGUAAAAUAGCAGGAUCUAUUGUGGCAGGUCCCAUUGACCACAAUAAGAAUCCAUGUCAAGAAACAAAUACAGCUUUUUGUGGAAAGUAUCAUGUGCCCCAGCAAGGAGAGACACACAGAUCAGAGCGAGAAUUGAAUACAGUAUCUCAUGCAACAACUAGCUCUGUUCUCCUUGAUGAAAAGCCAGAUCCAAAAUUACUAUCUGCUAUUGUGGUUGCAGGACAUCAUACACAACCUAACGGUUUGGAACAUAGACCACGGAGUAGUGAAGGAACUUUUCUGUCUGGAACACUGGAAGGGCAGAUAGCUGUAGCAUGGAGUAAAUUAAAGACAUCCAAGGACGGACAGGACAAGAAAUCACAAGCAAAUUCAGUUUCUUUGCCUAGCAAAUUUGUUGAGAAAUUGACUGAAAGCAAUUUGCAAUUAUUAAUGAGAUGUGAACGGUACAGGCACAGCAAUUCACAGUUAAAUGAGCUGAUAACAAGGCUAGAGAAUGACUUGAGGACAGCAACGGAAAAAAUUGUGCAGCUCAAAUCUACUGUAGAAGUCCAAAAAAAGCAAAAACAAGAAAGUUUGAGGAUCAAAUAAGACUCAGGAUAACACGUUAUUGAAGUUUGUGAGAUCUGUUAAACUCCUUAUUUUCUGUAUGCUGGGAUCAUUUCAAGAAAACGAGGAGUAAGAACUGUACUUUCAAAUGCUGACUAAGGAUGUAGAAAUCAAGCUUUAGUAGAUGUUUCAUAGUGCUAUAUUGGUAUCAUUAUGUAAGCUUUGUGCCUCUCUAAGUCUACAUUAUGGAAAGGCAUAAGGCGCAUCCUAUUUGAUAACUGAUCAUGUUGGCAUAUUUGAAGGAAAGAAGACAUUAAUUUAUUGUAAAUAUAAACCAAAUGAAUGUUAACCAGGUUAACAUAUUUUUUAUCCCCUCUUCCAAAUCCUCACUGAAAUUUUGUAAUUUGCAAAGUUGUGAAGCAUAUAUACUUUUCUA